GUGUGAGGUGCACGAGGUCUAAGCACCCCUGAAGGGACUCUGAUAGUUUGCACUGAUCCAUGGUUUGCUGAACAGAACAAGAUUUGACUUGAUUUCUUAAACUUUGUGACAGUAAGGAUGACCUUUGAUGACCUCUUGGAAGAGGCCGGGUCAUUUGGCCGCUGUCAGAGGCGAAUCUUUGCCCUGCUCUGCCUCUUGUCGUUGCCUUUUGCAGGGGUAUACGUCGGCAUCGUAUUCCAGGGUUUCACCCCUGAUCAUUGGUGUCGGGACCCUGCAGUGGUGGAGAGGAGGCAUGCAUGCGGCUGGAACCUGACAGACAGUCGCAGGCUGACGGUGCCUCUGGUCAAUAGCUCUGGACUGGUGCAGCACAGCACCUGCGAGCAGUAUGAGGUGGACUGGAAUGCCACAGAGCUGACCUGUGACACACAGGAACUGGACCUGAGUGGAGUCCCACUUACAGCAUGCAAGGAAAGCUGGGAGUAUCAGUAUGAAGGCAGGAAAUCCUUCGUCACAGAGUUCAAUCUGGUGUGUUCAGAUGGAUGGUUGGUGGACAUGUUCCAGUCUACUCUCAAUGUGGGCUUCUUGGUUGGCAGUUUCGCUUUUGGAUACUUUGCUGACAGGUUUGGCAGGCAGAUCAGUUUCUUGGUGUCCAACAUUUUGAAUGCAGUAGCAGGGAUCGCAGUGGCUAUAGCGCCAAACUACAUCUCCAUCCUUGUGUUCAGGACCAUCCUUGGCUUCAGUGUCAAAGGAGGCUGGAUGACCUCAUAUGUGCUGCUCACAGAGAUUGUUGGUGUGAAGUACAGGAGAACAGUGGGUAUCUUGUACCAGAUGUUCUUCAGCGUGGGUCUCCUCAUCCUUCCUUUGCUCGCCUACUUUAUCACAGACUGGCGCUGGCUCCAGGUCACCUUCACUUUGCCCUACAUGCUCUUCGUGUGUUAUUACUGGUUUAUCCCAGAGUCUCCGAGGUGGCUCAUCUCUCAGAACCGUUCCUCCAAAGCUUUGAAGAUCACUGAAGCCAUGGCCAGAGAGAACCACAGGACACUGUCCAAGAAUACGGAGUCACUGACUGAUGGUGAAGGUGAGUCUACCUCUGCCUCUUUGCUGGACCUAAUCAGAACUCCAAAAAUGAGAAAACACACCUUCAUCCUCAUGUUCAACUGGUUCACCAGUGCUGUGGUUUAUCAAGGCCUCGUCAUGCGCUUGGGGAUAGCAGGAGGAAACGUCUACAUUGACUUUCUCAUUUCUGGCUUGGUGGAAUUUCCUGCUGCCUUCCUUAUCCUCUUCACCAUUGAACGUAUUGGCCGGCGUCUCCCAUUCGCCACUGCGAAUAUCGUAGCUGGAGCUUCUUGCUUCAUUGCUGCUUUCAUUCCUGACAGCUUGUUCUGGUUAAAGACAGCGGUUGCCUGUAUCGGUCGGUUGGGGAUCACCAUGGCCUUUGAGAUGGUGGUGUUUGUUAACACAGAGCUCUACCCCACAUUUGUCAGGAACCUGGCAGUGUCUGUUUGUUCUACACUGUGUGAUGUUGGAGGCAUUGUGUCCUCAUUCCUGCUGUACAGACUGGCUGCUAUCUGGCUGGAAAUGCCACUCAUCAUCUUUGGUGCUGUGGCAAUCAUAGCUGGAGGUUUGGUGCUGUUACUUCCUGAAACCAAAGGAGUACCUCUCCCUGAAACCAUUGAUGAUAUUGAGUUCCCAAAUUGGAAAAAGCGGAGCCAAGAAGAAAAUCAUCAAAUGAAGAAUCUUCUGAAGUCUGAAGAUCAGAUGAAAAAGAGGGAAACGACUACUGAAUGAUUACAUUUUAUUUCACCCAAACACAAGGAAGUACGUUUUUAAUAUUUGUAUAAUUUCCUUGUUUCAUUUAAGUAUUGUUUUUCCAAAUUUCAUUCAUUGUUCAUUGUCCUUAUUUUUUUUUAAACCAUUAACAUGCGCUGUUUAUAGUGUAGCCACAUCAGACAGCAGUGCUUGUAAUAUCAGAGCAGAACAGUGUAUAUAUGUUAAGAUCCUCAAUAACCACAUUGCAGUUUAGUUGGUUUUGAUGGUUCUAUCUAUCCAGUCCACAAACUUAGACACUCGAGCGUAGACGCCAGGUUUCAUGGCAUUGGCACAGCCCAGACCCCAGGAUGUGACACCCUGCAAGACAAACCUGUUUUGCGAAUAACACACUAGAGGACCACCGCUGUCACCCUACAAGGAGAAAACACACACAUAUACAUAUAUUUUACUGUUCAAUUCACACACUAGCUGCUUUUGAUGCCGUUGAGGUUAACUGCUGGCAAAACUAACAGAGAAAAAAAAAGAAGAAUUGUUUGGCCAGUGGCUCAUUUAAAAAAUAUAACAAAAGACUAAUUAAGGGAUUGGAAACAGCACAUCUACUGUAUUUGUUGUUGACUAUAUACAUUGAAAAAGUGGGAUAGUAAGAUUUAUUUAACACAUUUGACUUGAGUCCUUUUACCUUUUAGGCAGGCCAGACAAUAAAAUAAAAUAAAAACAUGAAAAAAUAAUAAAUUAGUAAAAUUACAGAAUUUACUCUAGACCCCAAAACAGGAACUUUCCCCUUAUUUACUUGUUCCUGUUAGUAAAUUAUGUUGGUGUACUAUGAAUGGCAAUGGGGGUGAGCAGUCUUAUUAAAUUACAGUUAAAAGUUCAGAAUUGAUACACGCCUUCACAUUUUCUAUCAUUGUCCAGUGGGUUGGAUUUGAGUCUUCUUCAGGACUAUCUUGGCCCCCGUGCCUUAUGUUUGACACCCCAGAACUAAACAUCACUUAUAACAUGAGUGUGCCACAAAACCCAUUCAUGUUAAUAUAAUUUUAAAAUUGGGUCGCUUUUUCCAUGGUUAAUCAAUGCUACAAAUAAGUGGAGGUUUAAUUCAAACAAGUAUCAGAGAAAUGUUUAGUCAAUAUUCCAGUUACUAAAACAACCAUCAGGCACUCAUUGUCAUCACAGUUCUUUAUAUCUCGAUUUAAAUCAUCUAAAUAACCAUCUAAAUAUUUACUGUUAAUAUGGAAAAUUUACAUGCAUAACAGAUAAGAGAAGUUCAAACAUCUGUCUAGUGUUGAUUAGAUACAUUUUUCUGUGUGUGAUAACAGAGGACUCAAAAAACUUUAACAUGUUUGUAAAAUCAAAUUUUUCCUGGUUUGAAUGUUUAAUUUGCAAUUAUUUGAUUUUGGUAGCUUUAAUUUAUCAGUCUGCAAUUUUCUAAUAUUUUAGAAUGACUUUUAAUUUGGUGUUAGUUUAAUAGUUGAUUGUUGAAAGAACUUCUAAAUCCAAAGUACUCUAACUUUAUGAAAUCUUUUCUCAUGUAUGGUGAACUGUUCUACUGUAAACAUAUUAAAUAAAAAUUGUACC